GGAUGAAGAACAACAAGAAACAACUAUAGUUACUAGAAAUGAAUCAACACGUCAAGGUACUGCCCGGGUAUGGGAAAAAAAUGAAUAUGCUUUGGAUUGUAGGUGUUGUGGGAGAUGGUUCAAUUUUGUCCAUCGAAGACAUCAUUACAAUGUGGAUUGGUAGUCUGUAGUAGAUGUUCGACAAAGCGCGUUAAACUAUCUUUUUCAGGUAUUAUACAUGAUCCUCAAUUGAGUGUGGAUGAAAUGUACAAGACAUCCUUACAACCACAAAGAAUUUGUGAUGAUUGUUUCAGACAUAUAUCUCGACCUUUACAACAACAAGAAUGCUCAACUAGUAAUAUGGAUAAUACAUAUUGUCCAUAUAUCAAGCGCCGCCCCAUUGGACUUUAUUAGGACAAGAGUGUAUCAUUUGUUUUGACGAAUUUGUGGAAGGUGAUACGAUAGCAAGACUUGGCUGUUUAUGUAGUUAUCAUCAU